CACACCUGGAGCUGCUUUUCAGCUUUACACACAGCGCUGCAGAACACACCUGGAGCUGCACACACCUGGAGCCGAUUUUCAGCAUUACGGACAGUGCUUCUGCAGCUGAGGCUGAUUUUCAGCAUUACAGUGCUUCUGCUGGACCAUGUCUUAUACAGAGAUGACUACUGGCUGCCAGUGUUCUGACUACAGGUCCCAGAAGCCCAACGCCAUCCUGUUCAACAUCCUGAGCCAGACGCAGCGCCCCAGCCUGAACUACAGCUCCGCCCCCCCACACAGCUGCCACUGCCAGAUGCUGCGCACCGUGCGCCUGACCACGCCCGGCGACACCUGCCCGGUGGCCUCAGGUGUGCUGGUGAAGACCGUGCGCUUCAUGCAGAGUCUGCUGUCCUUCCGGCAGCUUCCGGCGCGAGACCAGCUGGCCCUGCUGCGCGGCUGCUGGGCGCCCGUCUUCCUCCUGGGCCUGGCACAGGAGGGCGUGGACUUCCAGGUGACGGACGCGCCGGCCGCCAGCAUGCUGAAGCGAAUCCUUCUGGAAGGGCAGGAGCCGCGAGGCCCGGAGGGGGCGGAGUCAGAGCGGGCGGAGUCGGACCGGGCGCGGCCUACGCUGGCUGCCAUGCAGAAGCUCAAGUCCUGCCUGCACAAGUUCUGGAGCCUGGAUCUCACGCCCAAGGAGUACGCCUACCUCAAAGGAGCUGUGCUCUUUGACCCCGAUGUGCCGCAGCUGAAGUCGGCAGCGUUCAUCGAAGGUCUGCAGAGGGAGGCUGAGCGCGCGCUGCGGGAGGUUCUAACACCUCUUCACCCGCAGGACAAAGGCCGCUUCUCUCGCAUCCUCCUCACCGCGUCGACACUCAAGUCCAUAAACCCGAACUUCGUCAUCGAACUCUUCUUCAGGCCGGUCAUCGGGCCGGCGGACCUGUUUGAGCUUUUGGUCGAGAUGCUUUUCAGCUGUUAAGACAUUAGCGUGACAUUCGCGUGACUGUUUUCAAGACUUGCGCACACCAGGCGCGUAAAUGGCCCACACUCUGGAGCGCAAAGGGGGAGACGCAGCCGAACCUGCACAGUCCCGGGUGUUGGGGAAUUGGGCGGUCGCAGCCGAACUGGGAAAGGGGCGGCAGAGAAGGUGUUUGGGGGAAAAACAAAGAAGCACGUUUCGCUAAAAUGUGUUUCCGCUUUGUGUACAAGUUCUACUCGAGUAGAAUGCAUUCUCACUGACGUUCCUAUUGAAUUGUUUAAUAUAGCCUACUUCGUUUACAUUCAUUUGUUGCACAUCAUAGGCUAAUUUAUGCAGAUACAUACGGAACAAUUUUUAAUGUUAGGAGAAAAAAUGAGAUUUGUUUUGGUCUGUGUACACCGAUGUAGCCUAUGUCAUUUUCGUAUAUGUGUUGGUCACAACAUGGAUUGAAGCACUGUUUUCUGUAUAGAACCCAAGUCUGCAGUGCUUGUGUGCGUGUGUGUGUGUGUGUGGGGGGGUUGAGAAAGAGAGAAAAACUGGCUGUUGUUUUACUGUGUUUUAUAGGCAGUUUAUAUAAAGGAUGACUUAAAUACUACAAUAAAAAACAGUUGUUUUUUUUCUUGCGCUGCGAAUACAUACAAGUGUUAGUCAGCAGAAACUUUUUUCCCAGAAGUGCCGGAAACUGAUUUAAAUUCCAUACAGACCAAGUGCAUUUCAUUUGUAUUUGCUUUUAAUAAUGAAGGUUUCAACAAACAAUUGUAUAACGAAUAAUUUAUAAUUUAGGUUAUUCAUUUGUUUAUAAAUGAAUAAUGUAAAGAUCGUCUGGUGACAUCGAAACGUCCGUUUCCUGAUUUUUCUGUGGAUUAAAGCCUGAACGUAAGAACAA